AUGCAAAGCAAAUUCGGCAUUCAGGCAUCUACCUUAGAUCUCGAAAAGAUCCCUGACCACGAUAUACCAGCACCAGCUCCAGAUGGUAGAAUCACAACAUUGAACCAAAUGGGCUACGCUACACAAGGAAUUCUUGGAAUCACAAAGAAAUUUGUUGACUACGCAGCCACAUGCAAGUACCCAGUUCUCGAUGGUGGAGCAGCUUAUGGUGCUGCAAGUAUUGCUGCCAUAAAAGCUGGAGCCACAGUAAUUGCAAAUGAAAUUGACCAAAAGCACCUGGAUAUCAUUGCCAAGAGUCCUCAAUUAACUAAAGAAGACAGAGAAAAGCUAUAUCUCCGUCUUGGCGUCAUUCCUUACGACUUUGAUUUCCCAGAAAAUUCAAUUGGUGCGAUUCAUAUGUCAAGAGUCUUCCAUUUCUUCCAUCCAAAGGAUGUAGAAGAGACAUUCAAGCGUGCAGCCAAGUGGCUUGUUCCUGGAGGAAGAUUUUUCAUUCUUACUGCCUCUCCAUUCCAUUUUGCAAACAGAGAUUUCUCUGAUACAUACAAUGCAAACUAUGCUAAGGGUGAAAAGUGGCCAGGAGAGAUCUUUGAUUUCAAAUUCCAUGCUGGAGGAAAUGAACCAGAAAAAACUACCGGAUCUUACCUUCACGUUAUGGAUCCAAGAGUUUUAUUCCGUGUUGCUUCUGAAAAUGGCUUCAUAGUCAAAGAAAUUGGUCUCCAAGAAGGAGAAUUCGAUGUCGAUUACACAGUCGCUAUUUUUAUUAACGGCAAAAACAAUUACAACCCAACACAUGCACAGUAA